ACAGUCCGAUCCGCCACCUGUGAGCCCGAUCACCACACGCCAGGUUGGCAUGGAGUGAUCGUCACCUUUUGGGAAGGAAUUGGGUAGGACUGGGUAGGACAGGAGGAUACUGCCGUCAAAAGGGCAUGGCACAUGGGCGUGGACGACAGGUUGUGUUGUGUAUGCGGUGGGCUAUGCUGUGUAAGGCUUCGAGAAGGGGAGGACAGGAGGAUGUGGACGACUUCUGUUACACUUAUACACGUGGUCUUGGGUUACAUACCGACUUGUCGUCGUUUCGACACGCGGAAAUGGCAGAGGAAGGGCACAGAGAGAGGCAUAGAAAGAAAGGGGUUCUAGAACUCGUGGUGGUGGUGAGCGUAUGGGAGGUUACCAGACGGGACUGGGACGAGAUACAAGCAAAGCCCUUUUGUGCCACUGUGUUUGUCAACAUCGUUCAACAACCGUCUCUGUGGUUAGGAGUCUGGUUGUCUCUGGACGACGGAAGGGUAGGGAAACGAAGAGGAGCACAUACAUCCACUGCCUGUGAUUUGUUUACUUUCAUUUCACUGCUUUCUAGUUCUAUCCACAUGCCAAUUGCCGUCUGUCGUAUUUCACUUACACUGCGGCUGACACGGCGUUGCCGUACUUCCCUUUUGGACCCCUUUUUUGUUCCAGUUCGGCUGGCUUGCCGAGUUGUAAGACGUGAUGCAUGUAUGGAACUUCCAUGUUUAUCAGCUUUCAUUAGAUUUACAUGCUUAUACGCAUCUUCGGUGUUUUCAAAUGAUAGACAAUAGAUGCAUUCUUCAUCAAGUCUUGUUGAAGAUUCACUUUGAGAA